AUGUCAGAACAUUUGGAAGUGGCAUAGAUAGCAAUAGUUAUUUUUUUCAUCUUCGUCGCCUUAACAAUAGGAGGAUUGGUGAGUGAGAUAACAAAGAAGAUUAUGAUUCCAUAUCCUGCUGCAGUAUUUGUGGUGGGUAUAUUGAUUGGAUCUCAAUUUAAUUCAAUAGAGAAUCAUUUACUGCAUAGGACUGUUCAAGCAGCCUUUGAUAUAGAUGCUAAUUCUAACAUGGCAUUGUUGCUGCCAGCCUUAGUGUUCAGCAGUGCCUUCAAUGCAGAUAUUUAUAUCAUGAAGCAAUAGAUUAUGCAAAUCUUGAUGCUCUCAAUUCCCACUCUCCUCAUCUCAGCAUCUCUAAUUUGCUUGGGAUUGAAAUUGCUCCUGGAUUAUAGUGAUGAAUACUACAGUUGGGGAUUUGCAUUUGUAUUUGGAGUGGUGGUAACAUGCACUGACACACUUCAGGUAGUAAAACUAUUAAGUAACGCUGAAGCUCCAAAAAGAUUCAUAUCUUUGGUUCAGGGUGAGAGUCUAAUCAACAAUUGUGCCUCCAUGGUAUUGAUGUUGAUUGCAGUGAAUUGUGCAAGUGGCGAUUGUGAUUUGCUUACAGUAGAAUUGUCAUAUGGGUUAUCUUUACUAUUGGGGGGAGCAUUUGUUGGUGUCAUGUUUGGACUCUUUACUGUUUGGUGGAUAAGAAGAGUGAACCACAAUUCUAUAUUAACUAUCAAUCUCACAAUAGUAUCAGCCUAUGUAACAUACUUUGUGGCUGAAUCUGUAGAUUUGGGAUUUAAAAAAAAUGGAUUGGUUGCAGUCAUAUCCUUAGGGUUGUUUAUGUCUGCGUUUUCAAAAAUCAGAAUAAGAACAGAAGUAGAACAUCCAUUGCAAAUCUUCUGGUAAUACACUCAAUUUGCAAAUGAGACCAUCAUCUUUAUCAUUACAGGAGUAACUUGUGGAUAUAGGAUAUUCGAUCAAAACAGUCCAUAUAUAAGAAGACAAGAUUACAUUAAUACUCUCCUGCUUUACUUAUACAUACUCUUAUCCAAAUUCAUAAGUGUGUUGCUACUCUUACCUACUAUCAAUUUAUAUGGAUAAUAAGUCAAAAUGAGUGAGGCUAUUCUAUUUUCAUAUAGUGGUACUAGAGGUGCUGUGCAAUUGAUGUUAGCGUUGCUCGUAGUCAAAGAACCGUCCUUCAGUGAUUAAUGGAGUGACAUUUUUCUAUUUCAUACUACUUUUAUUGUAAUACUAACUAUGUUGAUCAAUGGUUCAACCAUACCGUUGUACAUCAAGUUUACUGGGUUGUGCACUACUGCUUAGUAUAGAGCCAAAGUGAGAUUGAACUUUUUAUAGGAGAUGAAGGAGUAGAUCGAAUUCAAAUUAACUCAGAUGAAGGAGGAUUAUAAAUAUAAAAACAUAGAUUGGAAUAAGGUGGAAUACUUUUCAGGAUUAGCAGAAACCGAUGCUUAAAUUCAAUAAAAAGAUGAUAAACUCAGUAAGAAACAAUUAGAUGAAGAAAGUAAGCAUAAAAAAGAGAAGGAAUCCAGUAUCAUUGGACGCUUUUAAAAGUUACUCAAGAGCAAAGGGUUGCACGAUAACCUCAAUGACGAUGAUGUUGAUGCUGAUGAUAUUAUUGAAACAAGGGAUAGAUUCUUGAUGGCAUUGAAACAGACCUAUUGGGAUCUGUAUUCAUAAAACUAAUGUGGAGGUAAAGCUUACAAUUUAUUAAUUGAAUCUGUCCGAUGGGAUUUAGAUACUGUUGAAGGUAGGAUGUGUUCUUGGGAUUUCAUUUAUAAUGUCUUCUAUUCACCCAUCUACAUGAGAUUCUUGUAUAAUUUGAACAAGUUCCCAAUUAUUCGCAGCUUCUCUGGUGAUCUAUUAUUUGAUUGGGUUGCCAUUGGAUAUGAGGUCAUUUCGACAUAUGCUAGAGCACAUGAAGAAAUGGAAAAUAUGAUAGAGGAAUUUCCAAUUAAUGCCGUUUUGAAGUAGAAAUUGUCCAAAGAAUCCAAAGAAAAUAGAGUAAAUGCUGAAAAUUUUAUAGAAGGAUAUUUUUACGUUAGUUUUCCAGAAAUCAUCAAAUUGAUUCAAACCAAGAACUCAGCCCAAGGGUGUCUGGCAAGUUAAGGGAAGUAUCUAUUGAGAAAAUAUGAAUUGGGAGAGUUAGAUUUCCAGUAAUAUUAGAAACUGAAGUUGCAAUUAAAUAAUUUUGUGUGUAACGUUGAAGACGUAAGACCAAUUUGGCCAUAAAUAUCCAUUCAUAGUAAACUAAAAGUUCUCCCAUUAUUUAGUGAAUUUAACGAUGACUUGCUUAAAUAAUUAGCAUUACAAUCAAAAGAACUCCUGUUUGAUAAAGAUGAAUGCAUCUUUAGAGAAGGUGAUUUGGCUAGAUAUUUCUAUAUCAUAACAAGAGGUAGAGUAAACGAAACAAGUUCACAAAGCAAUACCUAUAUAAUUUCUAAAGAUAUCAGUUAAUUACUAUCAUGCCAUCACAUAGUGUUAGAAUCAACUUUGUAUAUCUCCUCAGUAGUUGCAGCAUCUUUGGUUGAAGUUAUUCAAAUAGAAAUUGAACUGAUGGUAUCUCUCUAUAAACAGAGUCUGUACAUGCAAGAUUUUGUAUGGAGGGAUAGCAUUUUCAGUUUAAGUAGGUUCUAUCCAAAAGAGUUACAGAUAUUCUCACUUGUUGAUAGGGAGAUCAUUGAAAAUAUCCUAACCUUUGUUGUAUUCAAGAAGUAUUAAUCCUAUACUAGUGUAUCCUUUUAAGCAGGCAUUCUUUUGUAAGGAAGACUGACAGAUGUGAAAUAGGAAAAGAAAAUCAGAAUGGAUGAAGAUUAAUUUGAUAUUAAUUGUAAUGAUGGUAUAUAGGGUCCUUUGCUAUUUCCAUUUAUCAAUUAGACAUAUACCUAUUAAACAGAAAGUGUUUGUUCAUUCUUUUUGUUUGAUGAAACUAAGAAAGAGGAAAUAAUAUAACUUAUUUAGACUGAAAGAAGCUCAGAACGAAGAAGAACUCGUCUUUAGACUGAUCUACGUUUUAGUGCUUCUGGAGUGAAUAAGUAAUCGUUUGGAUUUUCUUAUCUUUUGAGGCCUUCUAAAGCAAAUUAGGACAUAAAUGAUUCUAAACAUUGA